CUCUGCAGGGUUGACGAGCGUGCUAUGUUUGUUGUCCGGUCACAUUCCUCGGAUUGAUUUAGAAAUAUCCUCCAAGAACAACGGGAGAGGAUGGCCUUGGCGGCUUACGUGCUUCUGGUCCACGCCCUGCCGUUCGCCGCCGCCGUCGGUUCAAACAUUACUGGACUUCACAUCCGGUAUUUGACACAUCCGCCCGAGUUCAUCGAGCGUCCGCGCGACCAGAAGGUGCCGUACAGCGAGGCGGCAGCCUUCUUUUGCCGGGCGCGCGGCGAUCCUCCGCCGCUCAUCAAGUGGUGGCACAACGGCAAGCCGCUGCUGCCCUACUUGCUGGUGGAGUUUCCGCAGGGCAACGGCUUCUGGGUGGAGCCUGUACGCACCAUCGCCGACGAGGGCGACUACGAGUGCGUGGCCGAGAACGGCGUCGGCGAUCCGGUGCGCGCCAAGGCCACGCUGACCGUGAUUGGAGCCGCGCAUCGUCCGCCCGGCUUUCCGCGCAUCAUCCAGCAUCCGACGCCGCAGCUGGUGGAGAAGGGUCACGACUUUGUCGUCAACUGCAGGGCCACCGGCGACCCGGAGCCGACCGUGCGCUGGUUCAUGAACAGCGUGCCUGUCAACAUGUCCAGCGGCCGCUUCGUGCUCCGCGACCGGCCCAACAGAGGCGACAUGGUCAUCAAGGACUCGGUGACGUCUGACGAGGGCAAGUACCGCUGCGCCGCCGAGAACGGCGAGGGCACCGUCUACUCGAACGACGCCAUCGUCUACAUCAGUGUGCGCCGCGCGGAGCCGACGUUCACCAUACUGCCGGACGCGGUGUACAAAGUGCUGCCCGGCGAGGACCUGAACCUUACCUGCGUGGCCGUCGGCUCGCCCGUGCCCCACAUCCGGUGGCACAAGGAGCCGGGCAUCGAGCUGAGGCCGCAGGAGCCGGCCCCGAUCGGCCGCUCGGUCCUCGUGCUCAGCAACGUGCGUCAGUCCAACAACUACACGUGCGUGGCCACUAACGAGCUCGGCUCGGUGGCCAGCAUGACGCAGGUCAACGUGCAAGGGCUGCCGCGGCCGCCGACAAACCUGCGCGUGUUGGACGUGACCUCAGAGGCGGUGCGCCUCUCGUGGUCGUAUGACCUGGACCAGGAGACCAUCAAGUACUACGUCAUCCAGUACAGCCAAAAGUACGGUGUGCAGCAGGAGAUCAACGGCGUGAUAUCGCUCCACUACGCGGUGCCCAACCUGGCGCCGUUCACCGAGUACGAGUUCCGCGUGAUCGCUGUCAACAACUUGGGCCGCGGCCGGCCCAGCGCGCCCGUCCAGGUCACCACGGGCCUGACAGAGCCCGGCUCGGCGCCCAAGAACGUGCACGUGCGGCCGCUGGGCUCCAGCACGCUGGUUGUCAUGUGGGACAGCCCCGACCAGCCUGUCGUCCAGAUCACCAGCUACAAGGUCUACUUCACGAUGACGCCCGACCUGCCGCUGAAGCAGUGGGAGUCGGAGGUGGUGUACGCCGGCGGCGGCACACUCAUCACCCUCUCCGGCCUGGUCCCGCACGAGAUCUACACGCUCCGUGUACAGGCCGAGACGCUGGCCGGGCCCGGGCCCAUUUCGGUGCCGGUACGCGCCAAGACGCAACAGGGCGUGCCCAGCCAGCUGAACGGCCUGGACGUGGUGGAGAAGGGCGCCACAACGGCCGUCCUCAGCUGGGAGCGGCCCGUGCACUCCAGGGGGGGCAUCAUCAACUACGUCGUGUACUACAACAACACAUACGAGAAGAUCUGUGGAAAGUUCCGAACAUGCUCUGGACAGAGAUGCGAAAUGUUUCUCAAACGAUCGGUGAACAUCACAUAUGAAGACAGAAGAAAAAUCGCAUAUGCCAGUCUUUUGGUGGAGCGGCGCAUGGUGGUGCCACUGCACGAGCGCUAUGAGAUGAAGGACCUGUACCCGAACACGCUGUACUACGUGUGGGUGGCGGCCGUCUCUGGCAGAGGCGAGGGUGCUGCCACGCCGGCCAUCCCGUUCCGCACCGAGGAGCAUGUGCCGGGCAAGCCGCGCAACCUGACCGCCCGCGUGCUGAACUCGACGGCCGUCCGGCUCACCUGGUCACUACCCACGGACCGUGAGCGCAACGACCUGAUCCUCGGGUACCAGGUCCUCGUGCAAGAGCUAGGCACGGAGGGCAACGGCCGCUCGUCCCGGCCGCGACGCUACGAGAUCCGCGACGGCGAGGCGGCCGACUACACGGCGGCCGACCUGCAGCCCAGCACCUCCUACCUGUUCCGGGUGUCGGCACUCACUCGCAAGGGGGACGGCUCGCGCAGCGACGCGGCGCGCGCCACCACACAGGGCAGCGUGCCCAGCCAGCCCGACGUGCACAUCAAAGUGAUCAAGGAGGAGGAGCGGGUGACGCUGGACGUGGAGUGGUCUCGCCCGACCGAGACGCACGGUGUGUUACUCGGCUACCGGCUGCGCUACGGCCGGACGGGCGACGCCGCCAGGCUCAGGGAGGUCACCAUCGCCGGAAACACGACCCAGUACAAACGGCUCAGCGACCUGGAACGUGGCGUCGAGUACGAGUUUCGCGUGAGCGGCCGGAACGACGUCGGCCACGGCCAGGAGCAGAUCAUCACGUACAACGCGAGCGAGGGCGCGCCGUCCGGCCCCGUCACCAACGUCACGUUCAGAUUCCAGGCGACCGAUCGGGUGGCGUUCACCUGGACGCCACGAUCAGACCAGCGAAACGGCAAGAUCACCGGCUACAGUGUGCAGCUCCACAAGGAGGGCAACCUUGACCACGUGGAGCGGAUGCACCCCAACGACACCAAGGUGGUGUUCACCAAGCUGGAGGAGAGCACGGCGUACGUGUUCCGGGCGCGCGCCAACACGUCGGUGGGCGCCGGGCCGUGGAGUGCGCCCUUCUUGGUCAGCACCGAGAGUGACCUGGUGCGGCCGCCCAUCAACCUGCGCGCCAUGGCCACCAGCUUCUCAAGCGUCGAGGUGUGGUGGGAGCACGUGCACACCGCCACACAGAUCGUCGGAUACCAGGUGUUCUACGCCAUGGCGCCCGGGACGGACCUAGACGCCUGGUCGUUCAAGAAGGUGCCGAUCACCACGUCUGCUGAGCUGAAGAACCUGGACAAGCACGCCCAGUACGCCAUCGUGGUGGCCGCGCGCAGCAAGUCGGGUCUGGGCCGUCUCUCGGACCUGAUCUGCGUGCGCGUGAAGCCAAUCGACGUACCGCUGAACCUGCACGCGCUCAGCGUGCACGCGCACGGCGUAUCGCUGACGUGGCGCCGGCCGGCGCACCUUGACCCGCGCAACUACCGCAUCCGCUACGACGCUGUCAAGGAGUUCCUCGACGCCGAGGGCGUAACACAGUCGCAUCGCAUCGAGCCGCGCUCGCUGAUCCUGGACGCCAAGUGGUGCGAAAAGAGGAGCAUCUGCCGCAAGCAGAUCGAGGACCUGGAGCCGUUCACCACGUACACGGUGAACGUGACGGCCGUGCCCGACGACAACGGCUACCGCGCGCCGGCCAAGAUCCGCGUCACAACUCAGAUGGCCGCGCCGCAGCCGAUGGCGAAGCCCGACCCGUUCGGCGUGCGCAACCAGAAGGUGACGGUGACCCUGCCGUGCGUCUCGGAAGAGUACGGCCCCAUCUCGCACUACUUUGUCGUGGUGGUGCCCGAACACGACGUCAGGGAGCAUCCGGACUCGCACAGCACAAAGAAGAUGGUGGAGGGGAAGCGCUCCGAGCUGAUGCCCAACUACCGGCCGUACAUCACCGCCAUGUUCCACCAGCGCAACAUCCCGUACACCUUCGCGCUCGGGGACGGUCGCAAGUACGACGGCUUCGUCAACAAGCCGCUGGAGAAGGGCAAGAAGUACCGCAUCUUCGUGCAUGCCGUCGUGGACAUGCCGGCGCAGGACCUGUUCACGUCCAGUCCGUACUCAGAACUGCUCAGUCUGGACAUGAAGCGGCCGCGGGCGGGCGCGUCGUACUCCUCGUCCAGCCUGGUCUGGGUGGUGGGUCCGACGGCCGUCGGUCUGUUGCUGCUCAUCAUCCUGGUGCCGUACAUCGUCAUCGCCGCUGGGAGGUGCGGCAGGCGGCGCCAGUUGCAGAGAUCGCCAGAGCCAGCCACCGUGAUGAAGCCGCCGAUGUGCGACAUGGCGGCGCCGGCCAGCCACGCGCAGACCGACCCGGCCGAGGUCCGGCGCCAGAACCUCCAGACGCCCGGCAUGAUAUCGCACCCACCCGUACACGUUAGCCAGCUGGCCGACCACGUGGAAGCGCUCAAGGCCAACGACAACAGCAAGUUCUCGCAGGAGUACGGGUCGAUCGAGCCGGGCCAGCAGUUCACCUGGUUCAACUCCAACCUGGACGUGGAUCAGCCCAAGAACCGAUAUGCCCACAUCUUAGCGUACGACCACUCGCGCGUGGUGCUGCAGUCGGAGGAGGGGCUGGCGGGCAGCGACUACAUCAAUGCCAACUUCUCCGACGGCUACCUCAAGCACAACGCCUACAUCGCCACCCAGGGCCCGCUGCCCGAAACGCUCUCCGACUUCUGGCGCAUGGUGUGGGAGCAGCGCAGCUUCACUAUCGUCAUGAUAACGCGCCUGGAGGAGCGGGCGCGCAUCAAGUGCGAUCAGUACUGGCCCACCAAGGGCACGAAGUCGUACUGGCCCAUCCACGUGACGCUCACAGACAGUCAGGAGCUGGCCAGCUACGUGGUCCGCACCUUUCAGCUGCAGCGGGCCGACUCGCUGGAGCGGCGCGAGGUGCGCCAGUUCCAGUUCACGGUAUGGCCCGACCACGGCGUGCCCGACCACCCGACGCCGUUCCUGCUGUUCCUGCACCACGUCAAGGCGCUGAACCCGGCCGACGCCGGGCCGAUGGUGACGCACUGCUCGGCCGGUGUGGGCCGCACCGGGUGCUUCAUCGCCAUCGACAGCAUGCUGGAGCGCAUCCGCUCCGAGGCCACGGUUGACGUCUACGGUCACGUGACUUGCCUGCGAGCCCAGCGCAACUACAUGGUGCAGACCGAGGACCAGUACAUUUUCAUCCACGACGCGCUGCUGGAGUCGCUGGUGGCCGGCAACACGGAGGUACCGGCACGCAACCUGCAGGCCUUCACAUCGCAGCUGCUUCCGCCGACCGGACCCGGCGACAACAUCACCGGCAUGGAGCUCGAGUUCCAGGACCAGCAUGUACCGACGGCGUUCGCGUACCGAGCGGUGUCCGAGUACCUCAUCGCGCUCGACCACGUCGAGCGUGGGCCGCCGCGACGAUUGAGCGAGCGAGCCUGCCGGCCGGGCGCCUGCGACGGUGCCGACAUAUCAGGGCGGCGCGGCCGACUGCAGCAGCACCGCCGCCAAGGCCCACAUUUCCCCUGCCCGCGACCGCCAUACGUGACGUGAUACGGCGGGCGGCCGGGCUCGGCCAUGCGCACAAGGUGCUGUACACAAGGCCGCUGUACAUACGCCCGUUGGCAUAACGAGAGGUAACGUGCCGCGCCGCGGUGCGGUGCGCCAAACAUGUGUAGGAUGUUGUGGCGGCGUGCCCGUCGCACAUACCAGUGACGCCCGCCUGAUGCAUGUUCGCUAGCCGCGUCCCGGGCUCCGCUGCCGAGUCGACAGCCGGAGCACGAUCCUGAUCUUUCUUCUGCGUUUUAGAUUAUCUGUACGCUGCAUUUUGUCGGCGAGACGGUUCGAAGGGAUUUUAUUUGCACAUGGUGUUCGUCUCCUCGUGACGUGUCGGCGGCUGGCGUCACGGCGACGGUGGCGGCGCCGCCAGGCCCUGCGU